GGAAGGAUGAAAACGUCUGUAAGCUUUUAAAGACUUUUGCCUUCAGACAGAGAAGUUCGUUAUCUGAUCUGCUGCGGAUCACCUAGAAUCCACACAUCACCUGCUUCUCAACCGUUUCUCUGUUGCAGGGCUGAAGUUUCUCUUGAGUCUUAAAAAUGAAGGAGGAAUGUGGGAGUUUCAUGGCGGCCCUGUCUGUGAACGUGGUGACAGUCAACAUGUUACUGAGUGUCUUCUUUCUUUCAGGUGUUUUGGCUGAUUGUGGGAUGAUAUCACACCUCUCCAUCACGACACCAAAGGAGAUGGAAGCACUGAGUGGAUCUUGUUUGCAAAUCCCAUGUAGCUUUACUCCUUUAGCCAACGACUUUAACAGCCAGAAAAAGAUCUUUGGAAUUUGGAUUAAAAAUGAAUCGAACUUUCACAAGGAUGAAAAUGUAAUUUUCAACAGUAGUAAAACAGAUAACGUCUAUCCAAUGGAAAUGAUUGGAAAACUGAAUGAGACAAACUGCACCACUCUGUUUUCUAAUUUAACCACAAGUCAUACAAACACAUACUUCUUCAGAAUUGAAAACAACCCGUACAAAGCAACGUCUGUUUGUGAUCGUCUUCAGAUAAGAGUUAAAGAUUCUCCUCAGAGACCCAGAAUAGAAAUCUCAGGUGAUGUGAAGGACCUGAAGGAGAAGGAGUCUGUCACUAUAACCUGCUCAGCUUUCACUCCCUGUCCACACUCCCCUCCUGAACUCACCUGGAAUCUCCAACAAGACUCUCACAGACAAACAGAGGAAAACACAGAUGGAACCUUUACAACUAAAAUCCAGCAGAACAUCACUCUGUCACACACACAUGAUGGAUACAACAUCACAUGUUCUGCCAGAUAUCCUGUGGAUGGAAGAAAACAUGUGAAGACAUCAGAGACAGAAGAGACUCUCAGUGUUUCAUAUGCUCCUAAAGACACCUCAGCAUCCAUCAGUCCAUCAGGUUUGGUGUCAGCAGGUAGCUGGGUGAAGCUGAGCUGCUCCAGCAGAGCCAAGCCUCCCAUCAGCAGCUUCACCUGGUUCAAGAUCAGCACAGAGGGACCCGUUAAUGUGUCUGAGGGACCGGUUCACAGCGUCAAUGCAACGGAUGGAGGAGUUUAUUACUGUGUGGCUGCAAAUAAACUGGGAAACCAGACGUCCCAAGAAAUCUGUCUUAAUAUUAAAGUAUUCUGGGAGGCAAUUUUUGGAGGAAUAAUUGGGAUCCUUUUCCUGGUUGUGUGUUUUUGUACAAUUCUGUGUUGGAGGAAGACAAAGGCAGCAAAAUCAACCGAACAAGACCAUCAGAAUGAAACAAGUCAAGGGCCCACUGUUCAACAAAUGAGAGAGAAAACAGAACAAAGAGAAGAAGAAAACAUCCAUUAUGGAGAGAUUAGAUUUUCCAAAAGGACACCUGCUCCGUCCUCUGACUCAGCCCAAGAUGACCGACAGGAUCUGGAUACAGUCUAUGCACAGGUCAAAGUGUCUGAACAACCCAGUGGUUUGAGAGAGAUGGUUGAGGAUCCAGAAGGUCUUUAUGCCCAAGUGAAGAAAAAAUAAAUACUCAGAACAACCAUGCCACAUUCGAAGUCACUCAAAUCCCCUUUCUUCCUCAUUUUGAUGCUCAGUUUAAACUUCAGCAAGUCGUCUUCACCUUGUCCACAUGACUAAAAGCCACGUGAUUGGUUGAUUAGAUAUUUGUGUUUACAAGAAUUUAAACAGGUGGACCUAAUAAAGUGGCUUCAGUGCAACAAUUUGAUGAGGUUCAUUAAAGGAAGCGUGUAAAACACUUUUUGUGGAAUAAUUUUUUGUCUCUGUGCCACAAACCAGCAUCACAGCUAAGCCCAACCUGCGUGCAUUCAGUCAUGCUCUGUCCUCAGUUACAAAUUAUUUAAAGUGUUCCCCUUUUUAAUUGUGUGCAGAGCUGCAGCCAGUAGUUCACCAGGUUGUUAGAAACUGGAUUUAGCUGUGAGCGUCGUGUUUCGGUCCCAUCUUACUUCGCUUAAGUUCUUUCUUCAGCCUAUGAAGCGGAACAAGAAACAAAGACUAAAAUAGUUUACGUUUAAAUGAUAGAUAGAUUACAUUGUCUGCUCAGUCAAUUUAUGAGCUCUUCCUUUAAACUAAGUAGAGAUAAAUUUGAAAUAUAACAAGAGUAAAUGCAGCUUCUUCUUUAUAAAGAUGUGGCUGAAAAAAACUUUUAUAUAAAUGAAGUGGCACAAGUUAUCUUUGAGAGGGAAACUUUUCUUUACAUACUAAUGAGCUGAAGAGGACAAAAAAAAGCUGACAUCCUCUUUUAGAGAAGACGGAAGAAUGAAAACAUCUGUGAACUUUGAAAUAUUUUUGCCUUCAGAUAGUGAAGUUGGUUAUUUAUUCAAUAAUCUGGAUUUUCCGGGGGUUUUUGCUGGUUGUGAGAAGAACCCACAUCUCUUCAUGACAACACCAAAGCAGAUAGAAGCACUGAGUGGAUCUUGUUUGCAAAUCCCUCAGGAAGUAUCUAUGGAGUGUGGAUGAAAAAUUGGGUGGAUUUUACUCAAAUUCCAAGCAUUGUUAUUUUCAACAGCAGCAAGUCAGAAAACGUCCAUCCAGUGGAAAUUAUUGGAAACUUGCAUCAGAAAAACUGCACCACUUUGUUCUCUAGUUUAACCACAAGUCAUACAGACAGAUACUUCUUCAGGAUUGAGAACAAACCGUUCAAGGCAACAGCUGAAUGUGAUCCUGUUAAUAUAACAGUUAAAGGUGAAAAAGUUUCUGUUCAUCACUACAUAAUGUUAUUAAUGUAAAGAGAAAUUAAAGUAAGUUACAGAUUUGUCUGCACCAACUCUCAGAUAUAAACUAUAAAAUUAUUAUAAACUGUUUGGUCAAAUGUUUCAGAAAGCAGUCGUAAAAACUUGUUUUACUUUUCAAAUUUAUUCUCAUUUAUUAUCGUUCUCAUUUCUCCAGGUUUUUUUAGGUCUUUGGAAGCUGUUAAAGCAUUUAGUCUAAACUUGCCUUUUUGCUUUAGAGUGUUUGUAGUGGUUUACUUCUGAGUUUUAAAACUUCUGAAUUUACAUCCAUGAAGCCACCGUUUAGCUGUAGAAUAAAUAGUUCAUUUUCCUGUAUGAGAGUUUUUGAGAGUGGUCAUCAAUCCAGCCAUUGAUUGUGCAGAUUUUAAUGUGCCAGAAUGACAAGGUUAUCGAUUUAACAUCCAUCCAUCCAUCCAUCCAUCAAUCCAUCCAUCCAAACUUAAAGAGCAUUUUAGAAAGGCAGAGGCAAAGUCUCUCAGAGGAAAAGAUGGGCAGAAGUUCUGCAAACUCUUUAAAAACAACAAUAAAUACAAAAAAAAAAAAAGUGCUUUUUUAACCUGCUCUGGUUUAGGAGCUUAAUAUGUAAC